AUGAGGCCUAGAUUUGGAUUACUUGGAUUUGAGCAUGAAUUCCUUUGGAGUUAUGGAACUCAUGAGACUGACCUUCAGUGGCUUGCAACUCUUUCUUCCUUAAAGUACCUUAACUUGGGAGUAGUGAAACUUAUUAAGACUACAUCUUAUUGGCUUCCCGCUGUUAAUAUGCUCCCUUCACUUGUUGAAUUGCAUUUGCCCUCUUGUAGACUUUCCAUGCUUCCUCUCACUCUUCCUUCCAUCAAUUUCACAUCCCUUAUAGUUCUUGAUCUCUCUAGCAAUAAAGUCACCUCCACGAUACCUCCUUGGUUGUUCAAUCUCACUAAACUAGAGAUGUUGGAUUUCGAAUUUAACAGUCUGACAGGAAAACUGCCUGAUUCUUUGGGAUAUCUUAAAAGCUUAAGAUACCUCGAAUUGUCGGGUAACUGGCUUCAGGGUUCAAUCCCAAAAUAG